AUGGAAGAUCACAAGCUGCUCGUCCAGAAUGGUUAUAACAAGAUCGCACAGACUUACCUCGACUGGAUCCAUGGGAAACCAACAGCCCGUCUCAAAUACGUGGAGAAGUUGCUCUCCGAACUACAGAGCCCCUCAGAAGCGAAUGUCCUUGAGCUCGGCUGCGGUGCAGGAGUCCCCGGUACGCGAUUUUUAGCACAGCGAUGCGGUCAAGUCUUUGCCAACGACAUUUCUCAAGCCCAAAUUGACCUCGCCAAGGCGAAUGUACCAGAAGAGAAUGUGCUUUUUAUCCAAGGAGACAUGACGAGCCUCAAGUUUGAUCCUUCAGCGCUACAGGCUGUAGUGGCCUUCUAUUCCAUCAUCCACCUCCCGCGAGACGAUCAGCGCAGACUCAUCCAACAAAUCUGGGAGUGGCUAUCCCCUGCAGGCUAUCUGCUGUGCAACUUGGGAGUUGCAGACAAUCCUGGGUCAACGGCAGAUUGGUUAGGAUCGCGGAUGUAUUGGAGCAGCUUCGAUGUCGAGACUAGCAUUAAGAUGCUGAAAGACACCGGCUUCACUAUCACCCAAAGCGAAGUGCUACAUGACGACGAGGAUGGCAGACAGGUCCCCUUUCUGUGGGUUCUGGCGAAGAAGAGUUGA